GGAGUUAGGAUGGCCUCUUAAAGAUUCUACAAUGUUAGAACUGUAUAGGAUCUUAGAGAUGACCUAGUUCAACCCUCAUAUUGCAGAUGAGGAAACCGAGGCAUCAGAAGUGGAAAUGAUCCACCCCAAGUGACAGAACUAGUUAAUGGCAGAGUUUAAAUAGACGACCAGGUGUAGUACCUUUUCUGCUAUCCCAUACUUCGUGCCAGAAGUCAAGGGAUCUGCUUUAAAUUCUUAUUCUGUUACUUAAGAGAGGAUGAGGAGGCAUCUGUGGCUCAAUUUUCUCGUUUAUAAAAUGACAGGGCUGGAUCAAAUGAGUUAGGACCCUUACAGAUCUAAACCCUGUGAUACUGCGUAGGUUCGUAAACCCCCCGCCCACGGGCCAUUGUUGUUUGAGGGCAAAGAGGGCCCGCCCCUCUGGUCUCUUCUGGCUGCUAUUGGCCACCUGAGAGGGAUCACCAAUAGCAGCACAGCAGCUUGGGGCUGCCGCGCCCUCUAGCCAAUAAGCGGCUCCUGCCUGUCCUCCGCGUUGAGUGUUAACAUUAGCCACAGAGGCCGAGGACAGUAACCUUGCUCAUGCCGGGUUGGUGAAUCUGGGUGUUCUAUGCAGAGUUCCUGAAGACCCUCAAGUAAAAAUAGUUAUUGAGCAUUUGGGGGCUAUGAGCUUUAUGAAGAGAUGUAAGACAUUCCUGGCUAUGAAGACCUAAUGGUUUGGGAGACGAGAUGGAAAUCUAAGAAAAGCUGAAGGCUAUAGAAGAGAUGUUAUGAGAAGCACAGAAUCACUUGUUGAAUGAGUGGUUGAAACAAUCAUUACUAGAGGAAGAACUUAGGAAGAAUCAGCAAAAGCUAUGCCGUCCAACUUUCCCAGUCCUGUGACCCUCACAUUAAAGGACGGGGUUCAGAACUUCCGGUAAUGACUCAAGAGGCAUGUAAAGACAGAGAUUUCCCUCUGAGUUCUUGUUCAGAAGGUGACAGCAGCAUCAUGGUGAAGAUCAAGUGGGAGAGGCAAGAGUGGCUCCCGCAGGCCCUGGAGACCCCUGCCAUCCUGCCAGAGAAGGACAAGGAGAACAUCUUCCAGCAUCGCCUGGGUCAUCCGCUUCUCCAGGCUUUGGGGAAGGCUCGAGCCCCAGCGGGGUGGGAAGAAGCCCAAGGCCCAGGCCAAAUUCCCAGCGCUCAGUGGAUGGGAGUGUCAACGGGCCGUGGGUCCACAGCAGUCCCCUCACCCCUUGGCCCACAGUUCCCAGUAAGUGAGGGACACUUUGUCUGUCCAGACUGUGGGAAGAGGUUUAGCUGGUGGUCAUCACUGAAUAUCCACCAGCGCACUCACACAGGAGAGAAGCCUUAUCACUGUGGCAAGUGUGGCAAGAGCUUUAGCCAGAAGCCAAACCUGGUCAGGCACCAGAGGCACCACACAGGCGAGCGGCCCUUCCACUGCCCUGAGUGUGAGAGGCGCUUUAGCCAGAAGCAACAUCUGCUCAAACACCAGAAGACACACUCCCGCCCCGCAAUCCACUCCUGUCCUGAGUGUGAACGACGUUUCCGUCACAAAGUUGCCCUCCGCGUCCACCAAAGGACCCACGCCCGUGACCGUCAGCUGGCUCGGGCUGAGCUGCAGAAGCUCCUUAGAGACAAGGUGACCCGAAGGCCCCGCCGGCCGCCAUCUGCAUCACGAGAAUCGCCAGGCCGUCCCUGGGUAGAAGCCGGCGGAGGGUGGAGGGCUGGGCCGCCUGCCGAGGCUCGGACCUCUGCUGCUGGCUCUGGGGAGCAGCGCCAGUUCAUCUGCAAUGAGUGUGGGAAGAGUUUCACGUGGUGGUCAUCGCUGAACAUUCACCAGCGGAUCCAUACAGGAGAGCAGCCGUAUUCCUGCCCGGAGUGUGGGCGGCGCUUUAGCCAGAAGCCCAACCUGACGCGGCACCUGCGUAACCACACAGGUGAACGGCCCCACCUGUGCCCUGAUUGUGGCCGGGGCUUCCGUCAGAAGCAGCAUCUGCUCAAACACCAGCGCACACACCGAGCUGGGGAAAAGGCUUCCUCGUGCCCCGGCUGUGGGGAGAGCUGCCCCAGCCGGGCAGCCCUGCGGGCCCACCAGCGGGCCCAUGCUGCUGCUGAGCUGCUCCGUGGGGCAGCCCUCCGGGGCCGGAUGCUGGUGGCAGUGGCCAGUGUAGAGCCAGGGUCGGGCUUGAUGCAGCCUGCGGAAUAUGCCCUGGGCUUCUCUCUACAGCCACCACCAGCUUCCCAGGCCCUGCAAGGGGAUGAGGUCGUCUUGCUGGACAGGGAGCCACGCUGGGGCAGGGGCCCAGUAGGCGUGGCCCGAGCAGGUGGAGGAGUCCCUUCAUCUGGCACUGUGGAGCAGCGUCAGUUCAUCUGUAACGAAUGCGGCAAGAGCUUCACCUGGUGGUCUGCGCUCACCAUCCACCAGCGGAUUCACACUGGGGAGCGGCCCUACCCUUGUCCAGAUUGUGGGCGUUGCUUCAGCCAAAAGCCCAACUUGACUCGGCACCAGCGGAACCACACAGGCGAGCGGCCUUACCUAUGUGCUGACUGUGGCAAGGGCUUCAGCCAGAAGCAGCACCUGCUUAAGCACCAGCGUGUCCACAGAGGAGGGGGCCAGGUAGUGCUUGCCCCUGCACCUAGUGUCAAGGAAGAACCUUAAAGGACGCGACUGAGACUCAGGAAGUCUCCAUAAUUGGGGAUUGUGUGCAUGUGUGUGUAGGGGGGGAGGGUGGGGAAUGGGCAGGGGUUAUAGUUGACCUGCUUGCUUGGACAGAAGACCCCUGAGAGCAGCAACUUUCCUAGGGAGGCUUCUCCCCAGCCCUUGAGUUUUCUUCGAGGCUUAGAAACUCAUCCUCCAAACAGCUUGUGGAUGAGUCCUAAGACGACCUGGUACCUUGAGUACAGUGGGGUUGGGUUAGGCCGGAAAACAUCAACUUCAGUGAUUGACUUCUUCCUAUUUUUCUCCCUCCUCCCUUCUUCAGGGGAUACAGCGUAGCUCUAGAUGGAGAUUCCUAGAGAGGAACCUUCACAAUUACUUGUAAGAAUUCAAAGGCAUGGAAUGCCUAGGGUGCAGGCCAAUUUAGUCUUAGCGAGAUGCCAUACUGGUCCAUACUGGCCCAAAGAAUGGGCACAUCAAAGAGGAAAGGGUCUUUAUAGCUGCACUCAGAUGCAUCAUCAACAUUGGAAGCCAGAAGUCUUCUAAUGAUACAGGUGGGAUGAGGGAACUUUCCUAGCCCAGGCCAGAGUAGAAGUGUGGGAGGCCUGGCCCAGUGGCACUGAGAAUGGUGCCUAGUUGUGGUUUGACAUUAUAGAGGUUUCAAGAGAAUAGCAAUGUCUCCUAUCAUUUAGAAAACAAAAUGGUACCCAAGGUAGGAUGAAGAUGACUUACUUUAUCAGGACUUAUCUUUUAUCAAGAGUGUUUCAGAAAAGAAAAAUGAAGGAUUGAAUGUUUAAAAUGGUCUGACUGCUUAUUUCCUUUUCUCUCCCUUACCCCUACUUGCUAAAUCUCCAGGACUUUGAUUUGCUUUCUUCCAAGAAGCCACCAAGGAGGAUUCUCUUUUUUCUGCAUACCAUACAUAUGCUCAGUGGGAAGAAAUACUUCCUUCUCACCCCUACUCCUGGAGAAAGGGACAGAAUCAGCUUGCUCUCAAACAUCUCAAGUCAAUUAAAGGCUGAAGAUGUUGAGACAUACUGGUUGGAGAGAGCCCUGCCUUGUCUUACUGGCUGGCAGACAGUGAGGGGCCAAUCUAGAGGAAGGUAAAUGAUUGGGGUUGGGUGGUCUUAGUGGAAUUCUUAGUGGUCCCAGCUACGAC